UGAAGGUCCCUACCCCCCCCCCCCCCCCUCGUACUUCCGUGUUUGCGUCUGUCCUGCGUGUCUUGCUUCUCCUGCAGGCUCAAGAGUGUCUUGUGGUUGCUAAUUUGAGAUAAAUAAUCAUGUCUCUGGAGGUGGAAUCCGCAGACGUGAUCCGUCUGAUUAUGCAGUACUUAAAAGAAAAUAAUCUGCAGCGGACUCUAGUCACCCUGCAGGAGGAGACCACCGUGUCCCUGAACACUGUGGAUAGUAUAGAGAGCUUUGUGGCAGACAUAAACAGCGGCCACUGGGACACUGUCCUGCAAGCCAUCCAGUCCCUCAAGCUGCCAGAUAAGACCCUGAUAGACCUUUAUGAACAGGUGGUGUUAGAGCUGAUCGAGUUGAGAGAGUUGGGUGCAGCCCGUUCCCUCCUCAGGCAGACUGACCCCAUGAUCAUGCUGAAACAGACCCAGCCAGAGAGAUACAUCCACCUGGAGAACCUGUUGGCUCGCUCUUACUUCGAUCCCAGAGAGGCGUACCCCGAUGGCAGCAGUAAGGAAAAACGCAGAGCGGCCAUCGCCCAGGCCUUGGCAGGGGAGGUCAGCGUAGUGCCGCCCUCUCGUCUCAUGGCUCUGCUGGGACAGUCUCUGAAGUGGCAGCAGCAUCAGGGCCUCCUGCCUCCUGGCAUGACUAUCGAUUUGUUCAGGGGUAAAGCUGCCGUCAAAGAUGUUGAGGAGGAGCGCUUCCCCACCCAGCUCAGCAGACAGAUCAAGUUUGGACAGAAAUCUCAUGUGGAGUGUUCACGAUUCUCCCCUGAUGGUCAGUAUCUGGUUACUGGCUCUGUGGACGGCUUCAUCGAGGUCUGGAACUUCACCACCGGCAAAAUCCGAAAGGAUCUGAAGUACCAGGCUCAGGAUAACCUCAUGAUGAUGGACGAUGCUGUGUUGUGUAUGGGCUUCAGUCGGGACACAGAGAUGUUGGCCACCGGAGCCCAGGAUGGGAAGAUUAAGGUGUGGAAGAUCCAGAGCGGUCAGUGUCUGAGGAGGUUUGAGCGCGCCCACAGUAAAGGAGUAACAUGCGUCAGUUUCUGUAAAGACAGCAGCCAGAUCCUCAGUGCCUCUUUUGACCAGAUAAUCAGAAUCCAUGGACUGAAGUCAGGUAAAACUCUUAAGGAAUUCCGCGGUCACACCUCAUUUGUGAACGAGGCCACCUUCACUCCAGACGGUCACCACAUCAUCAGCGCUUCCUCGGACGGCACGGUCAAGAUGUGGAACAUAAAGACCACCGAGUGCUCCAACACCUUCAAGCCUCUGGGCACGUCAGCCGGCACCGACAUCACAGUCAACAACGUCAUCCAGCUGCCCAAGAACCCGGAGCAUUUUGUAGUGUGUAACCGCUCCAACACGGUGGUCAUCAUGAACAUGCAGGGACAGAUCGUGAGGAGCUUUAGCUCCGGUAAGAGGGAGGGCGGUGACUUUGUAUGCUGCACCCUGCCCCGCGGCGAGUGGAUCUACUGCGUGGGUGAAGACUUUGUGCUCUACUGCUUCAGCACCGUCACCGGCAAGCUGGAGAGAACGCUGACGGUACACGAGAAGGACGUGAUCGGCAUCGCCCACCACCCCCAUCAGAACCUCAUCGCCUCCUACAGUGAGGAUGGUCUGCUGAAGCUCUGGAAGCCUUGAGGCGUUUGAUCCCAAACUGAGACUGGACGUUUGUUUUACAGCAGCUGCUCGCCCCGCUCGGGACACUGCUCUGCCCGUUCUCUUUGGUCUCUGUCUUCUUACUGCACUGGGUGACUCCCUCUAUCCCACAUCACUGUGAACUUGAGGUUGACGAUCUCAGUGACACCAUAGGUUUUACAUAUUCAGCUGCAUCUUGACAUUAGCACGGGCCAUACAGCUGAAUGUUAGCAACUCAGCAGCAGUUUGGAGUUUUCGAGUGUUUGCGCAGUAGAGCCUUUUUUGACUGAAUCUGGAAGUCUUAGAAACAGUUUGUCCAUCACAGAAAUGAUGAAUGAUAUCUUACAAAGAAACGUUUGCUUUACUUUAAUGCAUUUUCUGAAUUUGUACGGGUAUUUUUCAUGUUGUUUUAAGUGGUGGAUUUUUGGAAAUAGGUGUAUUUCUAUAAAAUACGAUUAUUAUAAAUACUCGUAACUGUUCAUUACACACAUUAAGAAAGGUGCUUCCAACAAGAUUUCAUUCAUCCAUCCAUGAUAUUGUUUCAGUUUUAGGUAAAUUAAAAAAAAGGUUCUGCUGUUCAACACCUGAGCUUUACAGACAUUCAUUAACUUCUUUUUUGGAGGCACCAACUUCCGAGAGAGGGGGGGGGGAGAUGUCAGAUGUUCGGGGUGCGGAGGGUAGCUACUAGACUCAGUUUUGUUUUUAAAAUUUUCACUCUUGUAAAUAUGUUUUUUUUUUAUUUGCAUUUUUGUUUAGUUUUUUUCCAAGAAGACCUGGUUAAGUAGUGUUUUGUUGUCUUUUUUUCUUAAUUUCUAACUAGAAUUGAAUGGCAUCACUGUAAAAUUCUUUGAUAUAUUUUUUCUGAAGUUAUUUAGUUCUUUCCACAUGGACCACAUACUAAUUACAUGAACAAAGUCAUUGUAAGGCAUUUUUUUCCCCCCACACUGUACAUACAUUUGGAAUGAGACUUAAUAUUUCAAGUUUCUAUAACCUGCUGGAUGUAUGUAUUCCCCGUUAUUAUAUCUCGUCUGUGCCAUUAAAGCUAUUUAACCAGAACAGAAGGAAG